AUGCCUAGUGAGAGGAAAAUGAAGGCAAAGGAGUUGAAGCGGAGAAAUGUCGUGGAAGCAUUGAAGAGGAUGAACGAAUUUUUGGGAAUUUUUGAUCCUGUUCAGCAUCAACACGAAGUCCCCCUUCGUCUCGAACGUUUGGACAAGCUGAUCGAGACCUUCGAGAUGAUUCAAUCGGAAUAUGAAGAAUUCGACGAUAGUGAAAAGUUUGUGACCGCUAACUUGGAAUGCAGAGCAGCCGUAGAAGAGCAGUACUUUCAUAUCAAAGCUGGUUUACUGUCGAAGAUGCCGCAACCCGUUCCCGUUCCGAUUGCUCAUACAUCGACUGCUGAAAUCCAUCCCGGCCCAUCUGGUUUGGCUAAUGUGAAACUACCGACUAUCACGCUGCCAGAGUUUGAUGGAGAUUUCAACAAUUGGCUGACGUUUCACGACACUUUCGUCUCCAUGAUACAUUCAUCGACAGAGAUUUCCUGCGUGCAGAAAUUUCAUUAUCUUCGUGCAGCACUGAAGGGAGAAGCUGCAAACUUGAUCCAGUCGAUUACAAUUACUGCUGCUAAUUAUUCCGUAGCUUGGGACACGCUCGUCAAACGCUACUCCAAUAGGUCUAUUCUUCGGAAGAAACAUAUUCGCGCGCUGCUGAAAUAUCCGAAAAUCCCCAACAAUUCCGUCGAUGCUCUGCAUAAGAUAGUGGAUGAUUUCCAGCGUCAUACAAAGGUAUUACAGCAACUAGGUGAACCCGUCGAACAUUUCAGUUGUAUUUUGAUGGAGCUACUGGAAGACAAAUUGGACGAUGCUUCACUGCAUGCUUGGGAAGAAUCAGUAUCGUCAGAUGAACAACCCACAUACACCAAGAUGAUAGAAUUCCUCCAGAAAAGGACCCGUGUGCUGGAAACUAUUCUCUUUAACCGCCCGCAACAUGCCCAUCAAAAAUCUGCAAGCCACAGUUCCGGAAACAAGAAGCCGUUUCAAACUCGUGUGAAUUCAAAUGCCAUGACCGAAGCUUUGCAAAAACCGUUCCCGUUGUGCCCUGCUUGUGAGAAAGAGAAGCAUUCAAUUUUGGAUUGUUCUGUAUUCAAUGGAUUCGAUGUUAAAGGACGUUUGAAGAUCGUAGCUGAUAAAGGUCUUUGCAGUAACUGUUUUCGUAGCGAUCAUUUCGCUCGUGCCAGUCGGUCCAAAUACCAUUGUAAACACUGUAACAAGCGUCAUCAUUCGAUGAUUCAUCCCGGACCAUUCUCAGCAAAUCAGUCUUCUACAGACAAUCGUACAAACGGUGCUAAUCUCGCUCCCAGCACAUCUCAGAUUAUCUCAGCUGUUAUUUCCCCGCGCUCUUGUGAUCCCGUCCCAUCAAAUGCAGCUGUGAAAGUGAGAAGUGGAGGCGUCAUUUUGUCGACCGUCGUUUUAUUGAUAGUCGAUGCAUAUGGUCAGGAGCAUAUUGCACGAGCACUGUUGGAUACUGGCUCACAACCGAAUGCCAUCAGUGAGCGCCUAUGUCAGCAACUGCACCUUCCUCGAAAAGUAGUCAACCUUCCCAUCGCAGGUGUAGAUGGUACUAUUACCAAUUCGAAGUAUCAAGUCCGUGCUGAAGUUCGCUCCAGAGUUUCCCGCUUUAAGGAAGUGCUAGAUUUUCUUGUGUUGCGGAAGGUUACCAGUGAUACACCACCAUCUUCAUUCGUCGUCCCUAAGUGGGAAAUUCCCGAAAAUCUGCAGUUCGCUGAUCCCGAGUUUAACGUGUCUCGAAAGGUAGAUAUGAUCAUCGGAGCAGGUCACUUCUACACGUUCCUGCUUGAAGGCCGAUUCCGUUUAGCCAAUAAUACUCUGCUAGUCGAUACUGUGUUCGGUUGGCUAGUCACCGGGCAAUUAGUAACCAACGAAGACAACCGUCAACCCCCUGUAGCUUGUCAUGUGGCGACAGUUACUCCUGUCGAUGAGUUGCUAGAACGUUUUUGGGCCAUAGAGGAAGUCAGCACGUCCAACUAUUCUAUGACAGAACAGCAGUGUGAGAACCUUUUCAGUGAAAGUACUUCACGUGAUCCCGAAGGACGUUAUAUUGUGCACCUACCAAAGGAGCCAAAUUUUCAGCAACUGCUUGGAACUUCGAAGGUGAACGCUCUACGACGAUUCAAGUGGUUGGAGAAAAGGCUGGAGAAAGACAACGACCUCAAGCAGCAAUACCACGAGUUCAUGGCAGAGUAUAUUGCAUUGGGCCAUAUGAAUGCCGUCCCAGAAGACGGUCUUGAUGGUCCAGACGCGUGCUACCUUCCCCACCAUCCCGUUGUAAAAACUUCAAGUUCAACCACAAAGGUGCGCGUCGUUUUCGAUGGUUCGGCGAAAACAAGCACCGGACAUUCGCUGAACGAAGCCUUAUUAGUUGGACCCGUCGUGCAAGAUCAGCUGCUCAGCAACAUUCUGCGGUUCCGUAAAUUUCCGAUCGCCUUGGUGGCAGACAUCGAAAAAAUGUACCGCCAAGUUUCGAUGCAUCCCGAAGACCGACGUCUACAACGAAUCUUCUGGAGAUUCAACAGCACGCAACCCGUUACCACCUAUGAACUGUCGACCGUUACCUACGGACUCGCGCCAUCCUCGUUUUUGGCGACAAGGGCAUUGCAACAGCUGGCAGAUGAUGAAGGCGCACCGUAUCCCAAUGCUUGCAAAGCAAUGAAAAAAUGUUUGUAUGUCGACGAUUUGAUCUGCGGCGAAUUCUCCGUCGAGCAAGCAAUCCAGCUUCGUAAUGAACUGAACGUUCUGUUAAGUAAGGGCGGCUUUUGUCUUCGAAAGUGGAGCUCCAAUUCAUUAGAGGUUUUGGCUGACCUCCCGCAAGAGCUUCUUGGGACAAAAACAGCCCGAAAGUUUGAACCCGAAGAGACAAUAAAGACUCUUGGUAUCAGUUGGGAACCAGCAUCCGACAUGUUCCGUUUCGACGUUUCCGUAAUCCUGAGGGAUGAGCCUGUAACCAAACGCAGUGUUCUUUCAAUCAUAGCUCAGCUGUAUGACCCUUUGGGUCUAAUCGCUCCCGUCAUUGUUCAAGCAAAAAUACUGUUGCAGCAUUUAUGGUUGCUUUCCCUGGAUUGGGAUGACGAAGUAACCCCUGACUUUCGACAACAAUGGUUCCAGUUUUGUGAGCAGCUACCUAAUCUACGUAAUCUUCGCAUCGACCGCUAUGCAUUUGUAUCCAGUAUCUGCCAUAGCGAAUUACACUGUUUUGCAGAUGCAUCAGAAGCAGCUUAUGGAGCCUGCAUUUAUGUGCGUUCGGAGACAACAGAUGGUAGAGUCAAAGUAAUUCUGUUGGCUUCAAAGUCCAAAGUUGCCCCGUUAAAGCGAAUAACCAUCCCUCGAUUGGAGUUGUGUGCUGCACUGAUCAGUUCCCGUUUGUAUACCAAGAUUGUAACAGCUUUAGACAUGAAGUUCGACGCAUGUUUUUUCUGGACUGAUUCAACUGUGGUACUGCAGUGGCUCAAGUCGCCUCCCCGAACCUGGAAAACAUUCGUCGCAAAUCGUGUUUCGGAGAUUCAGUCAAAUACUCACGGUUCAAGUUGGCUUCAUGUAGCUGGUGCUGACAACCCUGCGGAUUUGGUUUCUCGCGGACUAUCACCUGAUCAAUUGAUAGUAAGCGAAAAAUGGAAAGGCGGACCAAUUUGGUUAUCAAAACUGAAACAGGAAUGGCCGAAGCAAGUGUUAUCUGAAAUCCCACCCCCUGCAGAAGAAAUGGAGAUGAAAUCUGUCACCGUCCUUGUCGCCCAGCAGAAAUCACCCGAUCCCUUGUUCCUGAGAUUUUCAUCGUACCAACGUCUUCUGAAUGUCGUCGGAUACUGUCUAAGAUUCGUUCAAAACGCUCGCAGUAAGAAUAACAGAAUAACUGAUCGAGUACUCUCCGUGGUAGAACUACAAGCAGCAAAAUUCGGUUUAGUAAAAUUGGUGCAAGCAGAAUCGUUUCCCGAAGAACUAAAAUCGCUGCAUCGGGAGGUAUGUGUGUCCACGAAAUCCCAACUUCGUCUGCUUAACCCGUUCAUGGACACACAAGGAAUAAUUCGCGUUGGUGGCCGGCUACGGCUUUCCGACGAAUCCUAUGAUGUCAAGCAUCAAAUCGUCAUCCCUGGUUUCCAUCCUUUCACCAAGCUGCUUAUAAACUUUCACCAUCGCAAAAUAAUUCAUGGAGGCAUUGUCAUGACGCUAGCCGUCGUUCGUGAUGAAUUCUGGCCGCUCAAUGGACGAAGAGCAGUUCGAAGUGUCAUCCGUAAAUGUUUCAGGUGCAACAGAGUCAACCCCCGUCCCAUCCAACAACCCGUAGGACAACUACCAAUUGGAAGAGUUACCGCAAAUGAAGCUUUUACCCACACUGGUGUUGAUUAUUGCGGUCCUCUUUAUUUGAAACCAACGCACCGAAGAGCAGCAGCACGGAAAUGUUACGUCGCUGUGUUCGUUUGCCUCGCAACGAAAGCAGUACACUUAGAAUUGGUGGGCGAUCUGUCCACGAACACCUUUCUCAUGGCCCUCAACCGUUUCAUCUGGCGAAGGAACAAACCGUCCCACAUGUACUCUGAUAACGGUACCAACUUUAUCGGAGCCAAGAAUGCAUUACAUCAGUUAUACACUAUGCUUCAGUCCGGACCCGACCAAGACAGAAUCUACAGGCAGCUUGCUGAGGACGGUAUUCAAUGGCAUCUAAUUCCUCCCCGUUCUCCAAACUUCGGUGGGCUGUGGGAAGCAGCAGUUAAGGUGGCCAAAACGCAUCUGGUUCGCCAAUUGGGCAGUUCGUCACUUUCCUAUGAGGAACUUACCACCGUACUAACAACUAUCGAAGGCUGUAUGAAUUCCCGCCCGCUCACACCGUUAUCAGAUGACCCCAACGAUCUGUCAGCUCUUACUCCAGCGCACUUCCUCGUCAAGAACAUGAUCCGUCCGCUGCCAGAACCAGACAUCAGAAACGUACCGCUUAAUCGCCUUAGCCAAUAUCAGCGUAUCCAAGCCUACUCGCAGCGAUUUUGGCAUAGAUGGAGGAACGAGUAUUUGAAGCAGCUUCAGUCGCAGUAUACAACCAACCCUCAUUUGUACAAUCUGGACAUCGGUUCUGUAGUAAUCAUCAAAGACGAAUCGCUCCCGCAGGCGCGUUGGCCGCUGGCCCGCAUCGUACAAAUUCAUCCUGGACCCGACGGCAUCACCCGCGUUGCAACUUUACGCACCUCAUCUGGUACGAUGAAGCGAUCUGUAUCAAAAAUUUGCCCGCUACCAUGUACAACGGAGAUGGAUGAAUUCAAUCUUAGAGCAGCAACCAAUUCAGCCACAGAAGAAACAAACUGA